AUGGGCAAGGUACCUAACCGAUCAAUCCCACACCACAGUCUCCAGUCGCUCUGGAUACCAGGGUUCCUAGACGAACAUCACUCUUAUGUGGGUUGGGAUCCUUAUCAACAUCCGCAGAAGCAGACUCGAGAUCUGCCAUCGCAGCUGGAGCUCCACUUGACAAGCCAAAAAGUUGGACCUAAAACCGACCAGUUAGGAAAAAAUGAUCAGUCUAAAUUAACUCGAUUGCGUCGAGCCAACCAUGGAUCAGAUAUCAGCCUUGUCCUUCCAGUGUGCGGUCAAGGGCCGUCAGUUGAAAGCUGA